AUGGCCCGCUCGUACGGCGGCCGGGUGCUGGUCGCGAUGAUCCUGCUGGCCGUCGCGGCGGCUGUUUUGGCGGCGCUGGGAGCGCAACUGCUGUUCCAGCUGCAGGCGGGCCGCGCAGAGCUGCGGGGGCUGCGCGCUGACGGGCUGGGUCCGGAGCUGGGCGAGGGCCCGGGGCUGCCGGAGGACGCGGCCGGGGCGCUGCUGCCGCUGGCCGCCGCGCUCGCCGCGCUCACCCUGGUGCUGGGCCUCUCCUGCCUGCUGCUCGCCGCGCUCUGCGGUCACCUGGGCGCCGAGCUGGCCAGGGGGCCCGGCCCCGGCAGGUCUGAUAGCUUUUUCUACGACUGCCGCCUCCUCAGACACAUAGCCCUUGGCCUCUUCUGCUGUGGGGUCUCUGUCUACUUAGCAGCACUGUCUCUCUACGCCCUGCUGCUCUUCGAGAUCGAGGCAGGAGCAGCAGCCGCCUCCAUCCUCGGCUUGGGUGCCCUGGCCCUGGUGGCUGUGCUGACCCACACUCUGCUCCGGGCUGCCCGGGCCACUCGCCGUGGCCUCCAUGAGCUGUCCCCACCGCACUUUGAAGACGACCCUGUCCGCUCUGCUGACGUCUCCAAGGCCAGCCCCGGGGCUCCACCCCAGCAGGGUACCCACCACCAAACCCCUUACUCAUUCUGCCCAGAACCUGGGGACCCCCUCAGACCCUCAGUCACUGCCUCGGCACCUGCAGCUGUGGGUGGGGGCCGGGAGAGCAGCCUGCCUGUAUCCCGCAUGCACAGGACACUGUUGGCUGGUGGAGGACACUGGGAAGGGGUCACCCAUGAGAUGCGCAGCAUGCUGGGCCACAAGCCAGGGGGUUCAGGGAAAGACUCCACACUGGUAUGA